AUGGUUUUUAGAUUUUUGAAUGGCCUAAAUGAAUCUUUCUCUAUUGUGAGAUCCCAGAUUAUUUUUAUGGAUCUUAUUCCAACUCUUGAUAAAAUGUAUAGCCUUGUCCUGAGGGAAAAAACACAGAGAAGUGUGCUCUUUCAGACACAACCAACUUUUGAAAUAACUAUAAUGUUUACUGCAGCAGAAGGAAAGAAGAAAGUGAAGAGGGAUAUAAUUUACAAUCACUAUGGAAAGAAGGGGCAUGUGAAAGAAAAGUGUUAUAGGCUGAUUGGAUUCCCAGAGGAUUUCAAAUUUACCAAAGGGAAGAAUAACUUCAGAAAAAGGAAAGCAACUGUGAACAAUGUUUCUACACUUGUUGACUCAUCAGCUACAGAGAAUCAACCUGACAAUGAAGAAGAGUCUGGAGGGAAUGCAUCUAUGUCUCAGAUGUCAAUCAUUAAGCAGACACCCCUUCAUGAACAGUGACUGGUGUAGCUAGGGCUUCUUUAGGGUUGUAUGUCAUGGAACCUAAGAAAUAUGAACAAGAGUUGUCAGAUUAUUGCUUUGAUAAACUUGUCAAGUUACCUUUCACUUUGUUAGCCAAUGCCUGUAAUACAGGACAUAAAGUUUUUGAUUUAUGGCAUU